CGCCUCCUUGGGCACAUGCAGCGUUGCCCGCCCCCGGGGUGUUUGUCCCCAGCCACCCGAGGCGCGCCGGGUUCUGAGCGCUCCUGCGGGUGCUACGGUCCCAGCCGGCCCAGAGACAAGGCGCUGGUCCCACCCCGCCGGGCACCCGUGUCCUCUCCCGGCCACCGUAGCAGGGCGGCGCGUUGCGCUGAGCUGGGAGACGUGUGUUUAGGGGGACCCGGAAGGGAGAUGGCAGCCGGGGAGGCCGGUCGGGGCGCUGCACAGCCGGGGCUGCAGCCACCCGGGGUCGGACCCGACUGGGUGUCUGCCCUCUUUGAUGAGCUCAGUGACUUGGUUGACACAGAUGAAGUACAGCUGAAUGUGGAUAAUGAGAUUUAUGAAAACAGUCUUUAUAACCUCGACUUUGAUUUGGACUUGAUGUCUUGGGAUUCAGGCCCUUGGGAUGUGACGAGCCAUACUUAUAUAGAUGAAAACUUGAAGGAAGAGCCUCAUUCGCCAGCUACUUCAAUUUGUUCUGUCCCUUCACCAUUAUCAGACUCUUCAGUGCAGCAUGUGCCUGAAGACUUGGACUUCAGCACCAGCUCCCAGAUAUUUCCUCUCUCUCUGUACAGCAAGAGAUCUGGAAGUCAGAAAGAUAAAAACCUCACUUCCAGUGCUGCACUUCAGUCUGCAAACAGCUCUGUGAAGAUACCAAAAAGAUCUAGUCAGACAACAUCCAAACCUUCAAUUCAACCCAAGCCUCUCUUGCUGCCUGCAGUACCUGAAGUUCAGGCCAGCCUUGGCAUUCAGGCUAAAGCCAUCAUUAUUCGGGCUCUUCCAACGCUUUUGCCACUGACAAAGCAGCAGCCAGUUGUUAGUAUCCAGCCGGCCCCUCCUAAAGGUCAGCCACUGGUGCUUUCUCAGUCCACUGUGGUACAGCUCCAGAGUCCAGGAGUUCACCCUGCAUCACAGCCAGUCAUUGCUGUCACUGGAGGGAUCACGCAGCUGUCCAGUCACACUGUGAACGUAGCACCAGCUACAGGAAGCAGUUCAAGUAACCUCCUGAGAAGACAGCAGCGCAUGAUCAAAAACCGGGAGUCAGCCUGCCAGUCACGCAGGAAGAAGAAGGAAUACAUGUUGGGGCUAGAGGCCAGGCUGAAGGCUGCCUUGCUGGAGAAUGAGCAGCUCAAGAGAGAGAAUGGUUCACUGAAGAGGCAGCUUGAUGAAUUGGUGUUAGAGAACCAGAAUCUUAAAAUCCCUUCUCCAAAGAGAAGAGCUGUGUGUGUGAUGGUGAUAUUGGCCUUUGUAAUGUUGAACUAUGGCCCACUCAGUGUAUUUGAAAGGGAUCCCAAUGGAGCUGAACCCAGCAGGAGCCUUGCCCACCGCAGCAGAAAUCUGCUGGAGUUCUCAGCCAGCCAGAAGCUCAACACUGCUCAACAAAUGCCUAACAUCAUCUCCCAGAAUAAGGAGAGGUAUGAACAUUCUGUUUCUGAUAACAAAGCCUUAAUGGUAGUAACAGAAGACCCACUAUUGUAUAUUUCUCCACCACCCUGUCAACCACUGAUCAACCGGACUGAGUCUCUCAGAUUAAAUCAUGAACUUCGAGGGUGGGUUCAUAGGCAUGAAGUGGAAAGGACAAGGUCUAGAAGGAUGUCAGAUAACCAACAGCAGAAAACAAGAAUUGUCCAGAGCUCUACAGGGGAGAAUACAGAUUCUCAGCUGAUGGCCAUGCCAAACACAGACCCCAGCAUCAGCAGGAACUCAGGGAAUGAGUUGCAGGUGUAUUAUGCCUCUCCAAGAAAUUACCAAGACUUCUUUGAAGCUAUUCAGAGAAGGAGGGAUACAUUCUACGUGGUAUCUUUUCGUAGGGAUCACUUGUUGUUGCCUGCUACCACCCAUAAUAAGACCAGACGGCCCAAGAUGUCUAUUGUGUUGCCAGCAAUAAACGUCAGUGAGAGUGUGAUAAAUGGGCAGGACUACGAGGUGAUGAUGCAGAUAGACUGUGAAGUGAUGGACACCAGGAUUCUGCAUAUCAAAAGCUCCUCCAUACCCCGAUACCUUCGAGAACAGCAAUGGAAUCAGACCAACCCCUUCUAUGGUGCUGCUCCCACCGUCCCUGAGACAGCCCACUCUAUGAGAGCACUCAUGGAAUCACUGCAGUAGCUCCCAGAAGCCUCACAGCUGCAGUCCCUGAGCCUCAGCAAGAAGGCAGAAAUGUUUGGUGAUACAAAUGCAGCCUUCACCACUAUCACUAUUACUAGGUAAACAGCUGAGGAUCCCCAGCUCCAGCACUAGGCCCUACCACUUGCAGUUAACCUGGCCUUUCCAGGACUCCUCGAACGGCAGAGGGCUCAGCAUUGAUACGCCUCCUCAAAUGGAACGUUUUAUCAGAACCCUGUGAUACUGCCCUGCUCAUUGCCUUCCCAGCCUUCCUGGUGCACCCUGCCCAGCCUCUUCCCCUAUCUGAUACAUCCCAUGAUGACCCAGGGCAGUGUUUGACGACAGUCUGGGAAUGACAGCAAGUGAAUGGCCAUCCUGCAGGGACAGGGCAGGCAGGUGAAGGAAGCUGGGCAGAAGGGUGGUGAUGUCUGGGAGUGGCAGUAUGGCCUGGUGGCCAGCAAGCAGGGCUGGGGCCAGGAGGACAGGGCCUUACCUGCUGUAUGAUCUGGAAUAACUUCCUUUACCUUUGUAUUUCAGUUUCCCCAUUUGCAAAUUGGGGCUAACCCCUGCCCUACCUCACAUAGGAGGGGGUGCCGAGGUUUGAUUAGCUGCUGUUUAUGGAGACCUGGGAAUUCUGUGGAAGGAGGCUCUGCUAGAAGUCCAGAGUUGCAGUAUUUAUUUAUUUACACUCAAGCAUGUUAGCAAACAGGGCAGGAGAAGAAAGGGCAAGUUUAACUGUGGAGGGGGCAGCAAGACAUGGGGUGCCCUAGAACUGACAUGUCCUGUACCUGUGCAGAGGUAGGGCUGCAGCUUUUGUCUGGAACUGUGCACAGUGAACCAUUCUGCUCACACUCUGCUCUGUACUUAGUGCCAGGAUGGGAGAAAGGAACAACUGGCCUGGCCUCUGUGGUUCCCCCUGCAGGCAAGAAGGAAUCGCUGCAAAGCUGAGUUCUGCACUGUCCAGAGCAGGCACACGCUGCAUGGCCCCCUGGAAUCCUCCCCCCAGAGCCAAACCAGCUUUGCUGCUUGCAGAGCCGCUGCCCUCAUGGAGAAAGAGUAGGGACUGGAUUUGGGCUAGAUUUUAAGACUAAAGUGACCAUUGGGAUUCCCCCAGUCUAACUUCCUGCAGCACACAGGACGUGGUGGGGAUUAUUCCAGUCUAAUGGUUGUCACCACUAUAAACUCUCUCUGGCUGCUCAAUCUGAAUGUAUUGCCCUGGAAUCCCAUUCCACAUAUCACCAUCUGUUUCUGACCACACUAAGCGGCUCCUCACUCUCCAGGCGAACGCACUCUUCUCACCAGUAGAAGGGAAUUCCUGCCAUUUGAUUCCUUGCUAGGGAAAUUUGUGCUAGCUCCUUGUGGGAAAUGAAUACCAUUUUUAAAACACUCUCAUGAUUGAGAAAAGCUUUGUCCCCUUGGCAUGCUGAGUCCCCUUCCUAGCGCAGCAACCAGCAUUAUCCUUGGAUCAUUUGGUCCCUGGAGAAAGCCAAGCUGUGUGUAAUUUAAUAUCUGUGGAAACAAACACCAGACGCUUCCUUAAAAGGAAGGUUUGAGGAAAAAUACACAAAAUGUUUUAACAACAAACCUUCCUUUGUGCCCUGUGUGAGCAGAGCGUGUUGGUUCGCAGUGGUUUUUUAAAGAGCCAGCGCACUUCCUCACCUGCACCUUGUGGUGCACCUUUGACUUGCCAGAGAGUGACUGCCGCAUCAUCUGUCAUGGUAUGAAUCAUGAGAUCAGACACAAGUGGCCCUAGCUCCCCGUGGAAAGGUCCUGUCUGUCACCUAGCUGCUGCUACAACAUGGGGCUUGUCUAGAACAGAACUGGAUGGGGCUCUCAUAGAGCAGACAUGCCAAACCCAUGAAAAAAAAAAACAGAAAUUGGGCUUGUUUUUGACUUAAUUGGGUUGUGAGUUGCUUGUUUACUAGUUUUUGGCUAGUAGCUUGUUACUUAUUUGGCUUGUAACUUGCUGCUUGUUACAGCUUGUUGCUUCUUUUUUUUUGAUCAGCUCCCAGCAAGCAGGGGCAAGGAGGGGAGAGAGUCAGGGGUACACAGCAGGCCCACCACAGUCCCAGACUGCGCGCCAGGGGAUCUAGUUACAUAGAGUGUUGGGGUUCUUAGGGAUUGGCUUGUUUUGGCCUGGUUUUGAAAUGGGAUUAGCUUGAUUUUUGGCUUAUUGUGAAAGUUGGGGUGCUUAUUUACCACGUGAAAGAUGGCAACUGUACUAUGGAGGCAGUUUCCCUGCCAGCUCCUGUGUGUGUUUAUAGUCAUUACAAUGUAUUUUAGGCAAUACGAGAUUUUUAUUUUUUAAAUGCCAUGUCUGAGCAGCUUGGCCCUGAUCCAAGUUAGGCAAAUCUAGCAAGAAGAAAUCAGCUGAGCUAUUUCUUGUACUUUCUGUUAUGGGAUGUUCAUUUUAUGCUACUGGUCCUCCAAUCUCAUGGGGUUCCUUUCACUUGUCUGUCCCCUAGUUUGUAAUGGAGCAUGGGCUCCUUGGAGCAGGGGACCAAUGCCUUUGAGUAGCCCAAGCUGCAUUGCAAGUUACAGGCCAGACAGCUGAAUGAGAACUGGGCAGCAGGGCAGAGAAAUGCCCCUUUAAAAUUGGUGGGGAGCUGGGCACCAGCUACAAAAAACAACUACCAGCAGAGGUGAAUACCUCCAUAGCAGGGAACCACUCUCUUUGGCUACACAGUGGCCAUUUUCCCAGUACUCCAGAGUAAUUCCUGCAGGCAGUGGGAGUCCAUUGUAUGGUGACCAGACAUCCUGAUUUUUAGUUCUUUGUCCCACGUCCUGACCAAAGCCCAUUUGUCCCGGUAUUGCAGCUUUGGCUGCUACGGCGGUUUGUUUGUUUUUUUGUUUUUUUUGCUUUGGUAACUCACUCCGGCCGCCUUUUUUUUUUUUUUUUUUUGCUUCCCCCAUGUGUCCCAAUAUUUUGUCCAUUUCAUCUGGUCACCCUAGUCCAUUGGUUUACAAAUAAGAGUACCUGGAAUGUUGGUGACUGUAAGAUGUGGCUUACACUAGCCGUUAGACCUUGUACCUGCUGGCUGUUUGAGCUCUGGCAGGAGAGCCAAGGUGGUAGCCUACAGGCACACUAACUAAUGGGAUAUGACAGGAGACAGGGCAGUGGGAUGGGGCAGGGGUUAUUUUUACAAAGUAGGAUUUUGCAAGUUUGAUGUGGCUUUCUGUGAGUGCUUGAGAGAGUACAUUCAAACGUCCCAGCUGAUGGCACUGUACAUUUUAGGGCUAAUGGUGCUGACUUUCAGGGAUAUAUUUUCUGCACAGGUUGAAGGGGAUUUAGCCACAAGAUUCCUGUAAUUGCUCAGUAAAACCACUCAGUAACAUCCCCUUCCAGGACAGUAUCUGCCAAUGUUUACCUUCUGAGAAGGGAAGGGGCACAGACACCUUGUUCCAGUCCUUGUACUCAUGUAUUUUGCACCAGUGCUUACAAUGUGCCUGCAGACGUACCAGCUGAGGGUGGAUGCUGUAACAAUCCAUGAGGAACAUCUGGUUAAAAGUAUGUACUUUGCAGUUAUAUUAACCUUUCUUUACCAGCAUUCUCACUCCGCAUAUCAUUGAAGGGAUCCAGUCCUUGGCAAGUGUGAUGAAGCCUGUGAUAAAAGAUGUGUGUGUUUCGAAGGAUUGUACUAGACUCUGGUGAUAUUUAAGUAUCUUAACCAUUAAAUUUUCUGUUAAGCUCAUCUGCGUGGCUUCCACACUUGGACUGCAAAUCU